AUGCACAGACCCCAGGAAGCCACUAUAUCCGCCCAUAUGCAAUGGAUGGUGGUUCGGAACUGCUCCAGUUUCAUGAUCAAGAGGAAGAAGCAGACGUACAGCACCAAGACCAAUAAUCUGAAGGCCUGCAACUCCUUCUGCUACAACAGGCUGAUUCACUGCAAGACUGUGGGAGGGGAGGCCACAGCCGAUGGCAAAGGGUUUGUGGUGGUCAUGAAACAGAUCCAGUCAGCAAAGCCUGCCACUUCUUCUGUGAGAACCGCCAUGAACAAGAAUGCUCGGGCCAUCCUCAGCAGCAUCAGGUACAUGAUCCAAAAGAACAAGUACCACCCCGAUCUGCGAAUGGUGGCCAUCCGCAGGGCCAGUGCCAUCCUGCGAAGCCAGAAGCCUGUGGUGGUGAGGAGGAAACUGACCCGCCCCUCCAAGAACUCCUGA